CUGCCGCCCCUCGCGCGCGCCAUGGCCCGGGCCCCCGGGCCCGUAGCCCACCGCCCGCCACCCCGCGCGCCCCAGGGGCUCAGCUGAUCCCGAAUUGGCGGCGGGGGCGGGGGGCGGCGGCUGGAGGGGCCGGGGUCCCUCCGGGCUACCGGCUUCUGGGGCCGCGUCGCCCCCCAGCGUCUCCGACCUGGACGACCCCCCGCUGCCCUGCCGCGUCCGUGCCAAGGGCUCCCUGCUCAGCGCUGACAUGGCUGAGAGCGCCUUGCCGCCCUCGUCUGCCGCAGCCCCGGCCGCUGAGCCGGAAGUCACGGAGCAGCCGGGGCCCCGCAGCCCCCCUCCGUCCCCUCCAGGCUUGGAGGAGCCCCUGGAUGGAGCCGAUCCUGACGUCCCACACCCAGACCUGGCUCCUGUGGCCUUCUUCUGCCUGCGCCAGACCACCAGCCCCCGGAACUGGUGCAUCAAGAUGGUCUGCAACCCGUGGUUCGAGUGUGUCAGCAUGCUGGUGAUCCUGCUGAACUGCGUGACCCUGGGCAUGUACCAGCCGUGCGACGACAUGGACUGCCUGACGGACCGCUGCAAGAUCCUGCAGGUCUUCGAUGACUUCAUCUUCAUCUUCUUCGCCAUGGAAAUGGUGCUCAAGAUGGUGGCCCUGGGCAUUUUUGGGAAGAAGUGCUACCUCGGGGACACGUGGAACCGCCUGGACUUCUUCAUCGUCAUGGCAGGGAUGGUCGAGUACUCCCUGGACCUGCAGAACAUCAACCUGUCGGCCAUCCGCACCGUGCGUGUCCUGAGGCCCCUCAAAGCCAUCAACCGAGUGCCCAGUAUGCGGAUCCUGGUGAACCUGCUGCUGGACACGCUGCCCAUGCUGGGGAAUGUGCUCCUGCUCUGCUUCUUCGUCUUCUUCAUCUUCGGCAUCAUCGGCGUGCAGCUGUGGGCGGGGCUGCUGCGCAACCGCUGCUUCCUGGAGGAGAACUUCACCAUCCAGGGGGACGUGGCCCUGCCUCCGUACUACCAGCCCGAGGAGGACGACGAGAUGCCCUUCAUCUGCUCCCUGUCGGGCGACAACGGCAUCAUGGGCUGCCACGAGAUCCCCCCGCUCAAGGAGCAGGGCCGCGAGUGCUGCCUGUCCAAGGACGACGUCUACGACUUCGGGGCGGGGCGCCAGGACCUCAACGCCAGCGGCCUGUGCGUCAACUGGAACCGCUACUACAACGUGUGCCGCACCGGCAGCGCCAACCCCCACAAGGGCGCCAUCAACUUCGACAACAUCGGCUACGCCUGGAUCGUCAUCUUCCAGGUGAUCACACUGGAAGGCUGGGUGGAGAUCAUGUACUACGUGAUGGACGCCCACUCCUUCUACAACUUCAUCUACUUCAUCCUGCUCAUCAUAGUGAGUGUCGGGCAGCCGGGGCUCGUGGGCAAGCUCAGGCCCACGGCCAGGGGCCUGCGGGAGAGCAGGGGCUUCGGGAGUCCCCGGGGAGGUGGCUGGGAGCGGGCAGGAGGGGAUGUUUUGAAGCCCAGCCGUCGAGCAGUGAUUGGAGGGGCGAAGGUCACUUCCCACUGCCCCGGCCGUGGAAACCCACUGGGUGGCUCCGGCUUGCCUCACACCCACCGCGGGAAACCCAGUCUUCGCUCGACCUCAGCCAAGGUCACAGCCCCCGGAAGGCAGCUUGUCGAGGGUGCCUGCCCACCCAUCCUGGGCGCGGGAAGACGCGAGGCUCUGCCGCCGUGGCCUGAGUCCGCUUCUGGGGCUGGGUGUGGAGAGGGGACACUGGCCCCGGUGGGGACCUGGAGGGACUCCCACCCUGCGGGCAACCUGAGCUCCGCUGGCCCCUUCUAGGCCAGCACUGCCCCU